GAGCACGCUUUGAAGAUGGCCGAGUAUUACCUCGUUCUCGCUCUUGGCGCUAUCCACGAUGGCAAAUUCAAUGAGCAGGUCGGACAUGGAGAGCAGCCACCAGAUCCGCGUUGCCGACCAAGUCCCAAGAGAGAUCCAGUCCGCCUAUACCUCAAAUCGCUGGAAUACUUCGAGCUGGGAUCCAGCGAUCUUCAGCCCAGUAUCUUUUUGAUCAGGGUGAUAUUGUUGAUGUGCAUAUAUGGUUCGCAUGGCAAGGCAAGCCUUGGCCAAUGGCCGUUGGCCGGUAUUGCUGUCAGGAUGGCUGUCGAGAUAGGCUUGCAUCAAUCAUCGAAUUCCUUGCACAUCGCAGAUAUGGAAGCAGAUGCUCGUAAUCGUGUUUUCUGGACCGCCUACAUCAUCGAAAUUCUGCUGGCCUACAACCUCGGCCGGCCGCCGUCAAUUGGGGAAGAGCACAUCACUGCAAAACUACCAGUCAUCCCCUCAACCAUGCCAAUAUGUAUUCAUCAUAUAAGACACAGACAAAUCCAAGGCCGCAUCGUCGCCAGCGUCUACGGUGCCGCCCAGAAACAACAAGUAUCGUCUGAAGAGCAUCAAUAUGCCAUUUUGUCCAACUUGCAGGCCGAACUUGACGAGUGGAGAGAUUCGCUUCGUGAGGCUUUCCAGAGCAGCCCAGGAUCGGGAUAUUCGUACAAAUACUGGGAACGACUUUACAAUGGGACUUCUUUCGUGCUCUAUCGAUCAAGCCCCUUGUGUCCAAGACCUGCAGCUUCUGCCCUGGAAAAAUGCAUACGAGCAGCUGCGGCUUAUGUCGAUAACAUGACCGACGUCAUUCGCAAUAGUCGGAUAUCGCUAUCCUGGAUGCUCAUCCAGGGUGUCUUGUUUGCAGGCUUGACGAUGUUGGUGACUGCCCGGACCAACUUCAAAAAACUCCUACCAAUGACUGGUCUGCAGUUCUUCCUGGCUGAUUUUCCAGCCUGGGUAAGAAAGUGUGCAAUAUGCCUAGCUAUCAUGAACGAAAGGUGGAACGAAGACCUGUUGGUGACGCUCGAAAGUCGCUUUGAGGCACUCGUGAACGAUACUCUGAAGUUCAUCUCAACCAAUGUCACAGCAUCACUCGCCACA